UCUUUCUAAUCGCAGUCUCAUCGACAAUUGCCCGGCAGUCAAUCCAAUCCAGGGAUCGCAUCGCACGAUCAAGUCCAGCAUGAUGGCUCCUUCUCUGCUCCACCCUCCCAGCCAGCUGUCCCCAGCCGCGGCUCUCGAGCUUUCCCAACAAGCUCCCGCCCUGCUCCAGAGCUCGCCGAGCACCGUCUCUUCAUCGCCGCUCGGCGCAAUAUUUUCGGCCUCGGAAUCCCCAGAACUGUGGAUAAAGUACGAGAACCUGCUGCUGUCCUGCCUGAGAACCGGGGACGACCUGGCCGCGCAGCAAUGCCUCGAGAGACUCGCCGCACGUUUUGGCGAGGACAACGAGCGCAUCAUGGCCUUCAGGGGCCUGGUUAAGGAAGCUGAAGCCCAACACCCGGGCAAGCUGGAGGCAGUCCUGAAAGAUUACGAGCAGAUACUAAAGGAGAACGACACCAACAUCCCUAUCACAAAGAGGCGCGUCGGACUCUUGCGGUCCAUGGGCCGCGUCUCGGAGGCAGUAUCGGCCCUCGUGCAGCUCCUUGACUUCUCCCCCACGGAUGCUGAAGGCUGGUCGGAGCUGGCAGACCUCUACCUAUCGCAGGGCAUGUAUCCGCAAGCAAUCUACGCGUUGGAGGAGGUCGUAAUAUUGGCACCAAAUGCGUGGAAUAUACACGCACGGCUUGGCGAGAUGCAGUGCAUGGCCGCUACUGCUUCGGGUGCGGGUGGCAGUUCCUAUCAAAAGUACAUGGCCGAAUCACUGAAGCGGUUCUCCCGGAGCAUCGAGCUGUGCGACGAUUACCUCCGGGGCUAUUACGGGCUGAAGCUGGUUACAAUGAGGCUCCUCAAGGAGUCGGGCAAGCCAGCAAAGCAGAACGACGAGGGUGGCUUGCGUCUGCCGGAUACAAGCACCAUUGAGCGGCUCAACGAGCUAGCUACUGCGAAGCUGUCCGAGAUUGUUCGACACAGCACGGCGGGGGAUCGGGGAUGGCGUGGGUACGAUGAGGUUGAGGUUGCAGCGGCGCGGGAGCUUCUCUCGGAAGACGCAUCUGCGGCAUCUAGAAUUGAGAGAUGACAUUCGUUGCGGAUGAGACAACCGGCACACGGCGCAG